AUGUUGCAAGUUUUCCUGUUACGCCUAGGAGCGCUCCGCAUACGAUCUCACUUCACGCGCUCCAGGGGGUCUCACCUCAUCGACGUAAAGGUGCUACUCACCCUGAGCAGAAACAUGCCCUCCCUCUACGACAUCGAUUACUUCGACGACGAGGAACUUCCUCAAACAUCGAAAAUACUUGUUCAGUGA